AUGCAUGCUCCUCCUGAAAAGGUCCGUAGAGUAUGUAAGCCAUGUUUAAAGAGAAACCAAAGUUUCUCAAAAUUUGAAGAGUACGGAGUAAACAUCGGAAGAGCGGAAUUUGUCUGCAUAAAACUUCGUAAAACAAAUUCAGAAAAAUCUCCUGAAAAUACAAAAUCAGAAAUCGCGGAAUAUAGGGACCUAGCGGAUAAAAUCCAAGACAAAGUGUAUAACUGUGAACACUCUGCACCAAACGAUGGAUGCCUCAGAGACUGCAAAGAAUUCAUCAGUUACAAACUCCAACCAAUCCAUUAUGGCCUCAGAUUCGCUAUCUAUGAGGGUCAGGCCGAUACUAUGCGGACAUGUGGACAUCAGACCGAGGAGUUAUACAAACACCCAAUUUAUCAAUGUCUCAAAGUGCUUGCUCCACAUACCCCUUUUCCUUCCAUAGCCAUGAUGAUAUACAGAUUCAGGUAUGCAGCAGCACUGACCGUUUCCGGAUUUACAGAGGACGCUAAGAAAGAAGCUGACAUAGGAAAGAAGAAACUACAAAGCUUCUUAAAUGACACAAGUAUGGCUCGAAUUAACGCAAGUUGUUUGUACGGAUAUGUCAAUGUUCAGUUAGCACGACUUGAAAGAAACCCAACAAAAGAACAGGUUGAUUACAUACUGGAAUGGAUUAACAAAGGAUUAGAACAAGUGAAAGAAAUUCCUAACGGGCUCGUUAGCAAUUUAUGGGCGAGAAUGUUUCUAGUGAAGAAAUCGUUUCUUCUGUUGCGGAUAGGCUUAUCAGGUGAAGAUAUCUAUGAUGAAGAUAAUGAAGUUAUCAGCUGUGAAGACAGGGAAGCAGCUAGUCAAUGUUUGAAAGAAGCUGAUGAACACUGGACAAAUACGGAUAAAAGAAGAAUCAUGCUGUACAAGAGGGCAGAAGCAAAAAUUCGGUGGCUUGGUGGAGACAAAAAGGCGGCUCUCAUCCGUCUUCAAGAAGCAAUCGAACUUGCAACACAUUUCAAGCGCGAAGAGAAAAACUUUCAGCAAAUUCAUCAGAAAUGGGCUUCAUAAUGUUUCAAAAUAUGAAUUGAGAUGGUGGUUUAAACAGAAUGUGAAUGGGAAGUGUGCAAUUCUAUUCUGCGAUAAUUAUAUUUAUUAACACAGCGUGUGUGCUUCAGGUUUAAAACCGCGGAGGGACUCAUAAAAGGUUUUAACACGUUGAUUGAUUUUCCUUUAUGUACGUACUACUGAUCUAUUGCAGUAUGUUAUUUUUAUACCUUGAACCAGACUCUUUUUUAAAGACCAUGUGCAUAUGUAAUUACGAUAUUAUUUAUCUGUGUAUUUUUGACUAUAUUCAGUUCACGUAAAUUAUUUUCUUUGUGUACAUAUCUCGUUUAAUUUUAUGCAUUGUGUAUAUAUUGUAUAUAUAGACGAAAGUCAUAAAUCGGAAAUAUAAGUAACUAUUUUUAUCAAUCCAUUCACCGUGGUGAUGCAAUCAUGGACUAUAAAACUUCCAUUAUCGAUUUAACUCCUUAUGAACAUGUUCAUACGGAGUCAAAUUGAAUAUUGCACUGUGAUUACACUACUUUAGAUUUUGUAAAUGGUUUAACGAAGUAUGACUUUCAAACAUUCAUGUUUACGAUACAGAAUGCAUUCAAUGCCUAU